CCCUGUGCCGCUGAGCUCCUGGGGACCUGUGUUGUGGCUGCACCGGUCCGGCUGCCUUCCUUCCGCCCGCGAUUGCCUGGUGGCUGCCAUGGCUUCUGCCGUGGUUCGGCUGCUGCAGCAGGGCUCUCGCCGCCUGUUGCCUCCGGUCGCCCCCACACUGGUUCCCCCGGUUCGGGGAGUGAAGAAGGGGUUCCGUGCAGCCUUCCGCUUCCAGAAGGAGCUGGAGCGAUGGCGCCUGCUGCGCUGCCCGCCGCCGCCCGUGCGACGUUCAGAGAAGCCAAACUGGGAUUACCAUGCGGAAAUACAAGCCUUUGGGGCGCGGUUACAAGAAACCUUUUCCUUGGACCUUCUCAAAACUGCCUUUGUCAACAGCUGCUAUAUUAAAAGCGAAGAAGCGAAACGUCAGAAACUUGGGAUAGAGAAAGAAACCGCUCUUCUGAAUCUUAAGGACAAUCAAGAGCUGUCUGAACAGGGGCUGUCUUUUUCACAUCAGUGCCUCACACAGUUUCUUGAAGAUGAGUUCCCAGACUUGCCCACUGAAGGUGUUGAGAGUCUAGUUAGCUUUCUUACUAGUGAGGCCGUUGUUUGUCAUGUGGCUAGUAACUUGGCCGUGGAGCAGUUGACCCUCAGUGCGGAGUUCCCUGUCCCCCUGCCUGUAUUGCGCCGGACUUUCUUUGCAGUGAUUGGAGCCCUGUUACAGAGCAGUGGACCCGAAAGGGCUGCCCUUUUCAUCAGGGACUUUCUAAUUACACAAAUGACAGGGAAAGAGCUCUUUGAGAUGUGGACCGUCAUAAAUCCCAUGGGACUCCUCACAGAGGAACUGAAGAAGAGAAACAUUUCUGCUCCCGAGUCUAGACUCACCAGGCAGGCUGGAAGCACAACCGCUUUGCCUUUGUAUUUUGUUGGCUUAUACUGUGAUAAAAAGCUGCUUGCAGAAGGACCUGGGGAAACGGUGCUGGUUGCCGAAGAGGAAGCUGCCCGAGUGGCGCUUAGGAAGCUCUAUGGAUUCACAGAGAACAGACGGCCCUGGGACUACUCCAAGCCCAAAGAGAGCCGGAAAGCAGAGAAAACCAGCAUUGCCAGCUAGGAAGCAAACAAGGUGACCGUAUCAUGUGUGUAGCAAAGCAGUGAGGCGGUGCCAGCAGUGCUCCAGGGUUAACAGCUCAAAAUACAGGAAGGAACAUGUCUUGUCUCAUAUUUUUACUGUAUUCCUAAAAUUAAACAAGUGUUUGUUAUGUGA